AUGACUCCGGCGUUGCAAGACUUCCAUAUGGACCUCCCGUAUACUGUGGCUGCGACCCGCAUGGAGGAUUGGCGCUUGAAUCUGACGAGACUGUUGUCUGAAGACCUACUUUCCUUUUUCUGGCUGAGCUUCGUUUCCUCUGAAACAUCGCACUCCUUGGCUGAGGUUCUGCAUCGCGCCUCAGAGGUUAUGCCUUUGCCCCUCGAUGAUCUGAAAAUACUGCGACGUGGUCGGGCAAUCUUGGAGAGGAGGCUACUCCCUCAUCUUGGAUCCGCCUCAUUUAGGGCAGCGACCGAGCCUACUUCCAACCCCGCCUCACACAACGCUUCUCCUUCAUCUGCCGCCCUGAGCCGAGAUCGGGGUUGUGAUCCAGCCAGCCGUCUGGCCAGACGCGUCUUCCGGGGAGCCCCCCGGGCCUCCAGGCGUGGUCGCGCAGCCCUUCAUCGCGCAGGUCGAAGCUCAUCCGGUCGGGGCGCCAUAGACAGGGGUGCUGCAGCCUCUUCACAGGGUCAGCCUCGCUCUGAUGACUCUGACUCUGAUAACCAGCCUCUGCUUCACAGGCGUCGCCGAAGACCAGCCUCCCCCAACCCUUAUAGGGGAAGACCAGCUGCAUUCCGCUCUGCCCCCACUCUUGCUAAGGAAGAUAGCCCAGGGAAUCGUCAUGACCCCGUGCCAACUGAACCCGUUCCCGAGCCACCUCCCGCUCCUCCUGGUGCUGAUGCCGGCCCUUCUCAACCUUCCUCCUCCACCCGCCAUCGUUACAGGACCACCAUCCCCUCUGAAGCUGCUCUAGCUCGGCGGUCUGACUCCCCUACGAGCCUUCUGAUGAUGAAAGGCUGCCUCGGCAAUUUAUGGGCAGAGAGCAUGGAUCAAAUGGGUAACGCGCCGCCAUUAGUCCAGAUGGAUAGCAAAGAACUCCGGGAGAGAGUCUCCGAAUUAGAGCUGCAGCUGAACGACCCUGCCCAAGCCGGCUAUGCUUUGCGGGCGGAGAUUCAAGCCCUAACCAAUCAGACCGACCGUCAGAAACGAUCCCUGAUACAGGUGAAAGAUGAGCUCCAAGCUAUGAGGGAGGAGAGAGCUGCAUCUGAGGCAGGGUAUCAGCAACAGCUAGCCCAUCAGGCUCAGGAAAUACAGUCCAAGGAUACUCUUCUGCAGGAAAAGAACAAUAAACUGGAGGUUCAGGCGGCAUAG